AUGGCAAUCUCUGAUCUUCUCAAUCGCCGCGUGCGAGCUUUGCCGGAUGAAGACGAAGAAGUCUAUUCAGAAGGAUCAGCAUCUGAAGGAAAGAGCGAUGAUGAGUGUUCAAAUGAAUCCGAUUCUGACCAUGAAGCAUUGGUGGAGACUGAUGACAAUUCUGGAGAUGACGAGCCCAGUGACAUGGAGGAAGAAGACAAGGAGGAUAGCGAAAAUUACGACAGUGGAAGUGAAGACGAUGUGCAAGCGUCCCUCAGUAGCAUAUCAUUUGGAGCCCUCGCCAAAGCGCAAGCAUCCCUCGGGCCGAAAAGUAAGCGCAACGCAAAAAUUGUCAAGACGAGGGAAGAAUCCCCAUCGACUCCAUCGCCAUUAGACGAUAUCAGAGCGCGAAUCCGCGAGACACGGGAGCAGAAGCGUCAAGAGUCCGGGAAAUCCAAGGACUCGGGGAAACCCACACGGUCUUCGAAACACGCCCCCAUGGUUCAGUCAUCCAAACAUGCCGUUUCUCGCAAGCGCACCGUUAUCGAACCUCCAUCGAUGCCUAAAUCGCGAGACCCACGAUUUGAUCCGACAGUUCUCGGUCAAAACAGUCGCCAUGACGCUGAAGCAGCCAGGAAGGCGUACUCGUUCCUGGACGACUACCGUUCUUCAGAGCUUAAAGAGUUGAAAACGAGGUUUGCCAAAACGAAGAAUGCUGAUGAGAAGGAGGCCUUGAAGCGUGAAAUUCGGUCUACAUCGGACCGGUUACGUGCCAUUGAGAAUAGAAGGCGAGAAGAAGAGGUAUUGGCGGAGCAUAAGAAACGGGAGAAGCAGCUCAUCCGCGAAGGAAAGAAGAGCAACCCGUAUUAUAUGAAGAAGUCAGAUCUCAAGAAGCAAGUAUUGCUCAAGAAAUACGAUAAUAUGAGCUCGAAGGACCGGGCGAAGGCCCUAGAAAGGAGACGGAAAAAGAUCGCCUCCAAGGAAAGGAAAGAGAUGCCCAUGGAACGCCGAAUGGGGAUUGAUCACAACGAUGAUGAUGGCGGCAGGAAACGACGCCGAAUGGCGUGA